AUGUGUGUCCCGCUCCCCCUCCUUCGCGCAUUCGUCCCUCUACUCGUUUACGCUAAGACCCUUCUGCUCCUUCUACUCCUCGUGCUCGUGCUUCCCCCCCGCGUGCUACACUGCUCAUGCGAAGAGUUCGAAAAAAUAGAAUAUGCCCAGGAUUUAACCAAAAUAAAGUACUAUGACUCAAACAGCCAUAUUGACAAGAAGCACCUGUACAAAUACGUGGCGAAGCCAUCUCUGCAGGAUCUCCUAGUGACGGUGAAGAUACAAAAAAAUGUAGGACCAGACAACAUUUUAUUUUUCCCCAAGGGAAAAAGCUACCUUAAAAUAACAGGAGAUUGGUCACAAUAUCCAAAGGAGAAAAACGAAACGAUCUGUUUAGCAUUCGUAUUGAAGAAAGACUUAGUAAAAAAUGAAAAAGAAAAAUGUCCCAGUAAUAUCUUCUCCUCAGAAAAUGUAUACAAAGUAUGUUACAAGGAAAAUAAUUACUCUAUCAGAAAUCUAUUUUUAUAUCUAGAAAUAUCACAGGCCUAUUUAGAAAAACUUUUUCUAUCUUUCAAUAUCCCAGUGAUAGUCAACACAGAAAAUUCAGUAGUAUAUUUUACUAAUAAUAAAAAAAAAUCCAAAGAUGAAAAGCCACCAUUAGAUCUACACAUAUGUUAUAAGUCCAUCGAAGAAAAUCCAUACUACUUAGGAAAAGUUAUUUUUAAUUCCUACCCAAUGAAGAUAGAGAGAAAUAUCAAUGACUAUGAUGUUAUUUACACAAAAUCUUUUUUAACAUCCAAGUGGGAAUACCAAAUGAUUAUUAAAGGGGAAUAUAUAACCUCAUACAAUCGAGUAAUUUUUGUGAGAUUUGCUAGAGACGUUGAUGAUAAGGAUAAAAGGUGUCCCCCUUUUUGGAACUAUGCUAUACUUGGUGCAGGUGCAUUGAAAAAAAUGAAAAAAACGGAUAAAUCCAAUUUGACGAAAAAUAUUGUACAGUACUUUUUUUCCAGUGAUGAUGAUACUUGUACAACUAGCUAUUAUAUUCCUUUUAUAAAAAGCGAUGAUUUACAAACGAAUGAAAAUUAUCUGAUUUGUUUAUACUCUGAUGAAAAUGAUUUUCAUGGUAUGGAACUUACGAAUGCUCAUUUUUAUAUUAACACGACUGAUUCGAUUAUUUUGAUAUUCCUCAUAAUUUUUGUCAUUGUUUUUUUGCCCCUCCUUUUUUCGCUUACCUACUUGUGCGUUUUGUUCAAAAUGAAUGCGCUCAAGGUCAAGAUGCAGAAGCUGCAGCUGCUAAACAGGAAGGACGAAAUUGAGGACCGGCUCAAGCGGGAGCUAAACCUCGACCA